AUGACGCACAAAUCUUCCAAGUUCAACAAGGCCGUAGUGGUCCAUUCAUUAAACGGGGCAGGGGCAGCGCUGCUGGGCCUGUGGCUGCUGGGCCUCGUGCUGUACUUGGUGCCCGCGGGGGUGGCGGUUACGCUGGCCUGGCUAGCUGUGGGUGCGACCGCGGUCUGGUGGGGCCUGCGCCGCGAGCCCCGAGGUUCACGCGCCUUCCGAACCUCGCUGGUUCGGAACGCGCGCUGCCAUGGAACACUGCUCACCUUGCCUCCGGCGUAGUCAGCAGUAAACGGAAGUCUCCUAGAGCCUCCGCGCCUCUUCCAAGGACUUGGACCCGCUCAUCUGUUCCUCAUGGGCAACUACCUAGGCAAGCCCGCCCCCCCGCAGCCUGCCUCCACCUCGGAGGCCAGGGACCUGCGGGAGAGGCCUGGCCGCCGCCCGCCCACCCGCCCCACGCCGCCGCCGCCAGCUCCAUCAGGCCAUACCCCCGGGGUUCAUACUCACCCCUCCCUACCCACUCCUCUUCCCCGACCCUCUAGGAGGACGGCCCUCCGUUGUGGCCCUGUAGCACAUCGGUUUGUAAUAACACCUCGAAGGAGAUACCCAAUCCAGCAGGCCCACUAUGCCUCGCUGGGGGUCCUUCCCACGGUGUGCUGGAAUAGUUGUCACAGGAAGACUGUGCUCUCUGCUCGCAAUUCCAAAGUGGUGUGCAGCCCAGUGAGAGUGAGGAUUGCUCCUCCGGAUAGCAAGUGGAUUCGUCCCCCGCUAUCAGAGCAGAGUAGCAGCUCAACCGUGUCCUCCCCAUCAGCUAGUGCCCCAGACCCAUGUGCAAAGGAGACUGUGCUGAGUGCCCUCAGAGCGAGGAAGAAAAGGACGGUGAAGGAGGAAGACCAAAUACUGGCUGAUGGCCCCGAAGAAAAGAGAAGGCGCCAGGACAGCAGUGGACGUGGACAUUCAGCAUUUGAGCCGCUGGCGGCCAAUGGAAUCCCUGCCUCUUUUGUGCCUAAGCCUGGGUCUCUGAAGAGAGGUCUCAGUCCCCAGAGCUCAGAUGCCCACUUAAAUAAGAGGUCACGCACCUCUUCUCUGAGCUCCUUGACCAGCACGUACUCAGGCGGCGUGCCCAUCUCCAGGCGCAAUGCCAUCACCAGUUCUUACAGUUCUACUGGAGGUCUCUCUCAGCUGCGGAAGAGGAGUGGUCCUAGGUCAUCCCCCUUCUCCAGGCCAGCUUCGUCCUGCUCCCAGGCUCUAGCGAGGCCAGCAAAGGAAAUAAGAGAAGAGGAACUUUCUCAUCAUUCGGCUUCUUCAACUGCAUUCACAACAGACAAGGAGUCCCGGGGAGCAGAAGUUGCCGAUACCACCACAAGGGAGAAAGAGAACUCGUGGAGUUCUCCACCAACACCUGGCAGCUCAGGGCAGCGUAAGCGGAAGGUGCAGCUGCUGCGGUCCUGGCGAGGGGAGCAGCUGACCUUGCCUCCACCUCCCCAGCUUGGGUAUUCAGUCACUGCGGAAGACUUAGACUUGGAAAAGAAAGCUUUGUCACAAUGGUUCAGCGAGAUCUUGGAGGAUAAGACUGAUACUGCCUUGAGCGCUGUCCCUGAGAACCCACCUACCAGUCAGCCUCCGGUCUCUUUCAGCCUGCCUACUGCUGGGACUCCUGCCACCGAAAUCCUCCCAGCCCCAAGCCCUAGCCCACUGUUGAAGAGCUUGAAGAAGCAGCAGGAUUCCCCAGGCCUACCAUCGCCCCCCAUGUCUGCUGGCAUGGCAAGCCCUGUGGCCCAUUCGCCUCCGAAGACACCCGGCCCUCUGGCCCCUCUUGGCUCUUCACAGUCAGGGCCUCUUGCGGGCACCUCCUCGGACUGCAAACCUACAGCCGUUUUCUGUGGCGGCACCCUUACCCCCGCUUCUUCCACAGGACCAGUCACUGACACCAAGUCACCUCCAGCCCCUGAGGCUGAGACGUCUGCCAACUCCCAAGCCUUGUCGGCCCCCCUCCCCCUCCCAAGCAGAACAUUCCUUGGAAUGCUGGGCACCUCACCUGCUAAGCCUCCUGCCUCUGCAGCUCCUGCUGUGUCUUCACCAUCUCCCGUGCUCGAUCCCAUUUUUUGGCCCCCUCCUAAAAGCAAGAACGAGGGCCCCUUGCCCUCUAGCCCUUCCAAGGUCCCAGCCACCACAUCUUCCAGCUCAGCCCUCCCCGCAAGUACCCGCAGCCCGUCCCGCACUUUUAAACCUGGCUUUCACACCAGGGAGGCCCCUGCAUCCGUGCCCAUAGUAACUCCCUUCUUCAAGCAGGCAGCUCCUCCAGCCGGUGCUAUGAGCGCCCCUCUCUUCCCUGGCCAGACCCGUGCCACCUCUGCAGUGGCUGCUGCGACCACAGCUGGCACCUCCGUAGACUCUGCUCUGAAGCCCGUGUUCAGCUUCCGUGUGAGCAGCAUGACCAGCACCCUGAGCAGCGUGACUAGCACCCACCGCUUCCACCUCCCAGCCCGUCCUCUUUGGGACUCCCUCUGCCUCUGGUGGCAGCUUCACAAACCCAGCUUCACCAGCUUUGGCCAGUCCCUUCCCGGUGCCCCUCAGGCAGUGGCCAGCAGCAGCAGCAGCAGCAGCAGCAGCAGCAGCGCUAGCACUGCUGGCUUUAGUGAUUUGGGCAGCAGCCUUCCAGCCUCUUCCCCAGCCACCACCAGCCAGGCCACGCUGACAUUCAGUAGCACCCCCAGCCCAGCCAUCAGCGUUCCCUUUGGCUCAAGUGCCAAGCCAGGAUCCAACGUCCAGCCCAGGUUUGGGGCCACUGAUGGGCAGCAGCAGUGGGCUGCCAAGCCAUCCCUUGUCCCCAGCUUGUGCAGCUCCUUCACGUUGGGAAACUCUGCAGCCCCCGCCCCGACUGCCACUCCAGCCACAGCCCAGCCAGCCUUUGGCAGCACCACACAGUCCACUCUUGGUGGCCUGAAAGCCACAGCCUCUGCCUCGGGCACCCUUGCCGGCCCCCAGCCAGCCUUUGGCAGCACCGCAGCCGUUUUCUCCUUUGGUGCAGCCACCACCUCUGGCUUUGGAGCUACAGCCCAGACCACCGGCAGUGGGGCCAGUCGCUCCAGUAGCACGACACCAUCUCCCUUCACAUUUGGGGGAUGGGCAGCCCCACCGUCUGGCAGCAGAGGCUUUGGGCUCAGUGUGGCUUCGCCAGGCACCAGCUCUGCCUCAGGAGCCUUUGGCUCCGGAGCAGGACAGAGUGGGACCGCUGGCAGCACGACUCCUUUUGUGGGAGGCUUGAGUCAGAAGAGCCUGGGUGCACCCAGCCAGAACACAUCCUUUGGCCUCAAUGUGGCCUGCACUGCAGAGAGCCAACCUGUGUUUGGAGGCGCCUCCACGCCCACCUUUGGUCAGAGCACCCCUGGCCCUGGGGUGGGCACAUCAGGCAGCAGCCUCUCCUUUGGGGCGUCCUCAACACCCAUCCAGGGCUUUGUUAGAAAAGGACCUUCCUUUUCCAUUGGUGCGGGACCCAAGCCCCCAGGGGCUUGGCAACAGCUACAGGCCCGGAGGCAGCACACUAGCAAGAAGUAGCCCCUG